AUGCAGGCUACCCUACCCUUUCGUACCUACCUACCUACAGUCUCCGUACUCUGGUACAGUGCCACGAGGAGGCCGGCAGAGGGCAAUCGGGGCAAUGAUGGCGCGCGGCGGUUCAGGGGCUUUGCUUGUCGAUGGAAGCUGGAGCAGGGACCCCAACGGUCGGCAGCAGUUUUGGGUUGGUGCGGGCGGCGACGAGAUGCCUGGGGCCAGUUAUUAGCUGAGGUACGGAGUACCAACAAGGUACAAUCCAGACUGCGCCAAGGAAGGCUCCCCGAGUCCUCGUCCUCGUCCUCGUCCUUCGGCACUCUGUGUCUGGAUGGCCGCUAUUCGAAGCUAAUGGCUGCAGAUCCUGUCGUCGACGAGGGCGACACGAGGAGGGAGGGGAUAAGCGGGCUGCAAUGCGGCGCCGACGGGCUUGCGAGGCGGACUGGCUUGCGACACACCCGCGGCCAAGGCAAACAACGAGGGCAUCCCCAGCCGAAGUCGAGGGACGAAGGUACUUCGUACAGGGCUGAAGGGGACUGUGUGGAUAGAAUCUGCAAGUUGUUGGCACCACGAUGCCAGUCAGUCACAAUCACAGUCGCAUCCAUGCUUGACGCCGUUGAUUGGGGCAGCCAGACAGGGAAUCCGCCCGAGGUGGAUAUGGCAGGCAAAUACGGAGAGCGGCCUGUGAGGGGCCGGGCGAGGAGGAAAGAUGGUACGGAGCUUACUAGCUCAAGGUGGUCUGCGGCAUGCAGCCCGGGUGGACGCACCUGCUUCCGGUCGAAGUGA